AUUCAAUUUGAUCGUUCAACUUGAAUAUUUUUUUAUAAAAGAAAAAAUAUAUAUAUAUAAACAUACAAACACACAUAUAUACAUCGCUUAUCUCCACACUUUUUUUUAAAAAAAUAAAAUUUUGAUUUGAAAACAUAAAAAAUAAAAUAUAAAUAUUAAAUCAUUAAAAAGUUAAAAAAUUUCUAAAAUUUUUUUUAUAAAAAAAAUUUUUAUAACAAUCAAUUACCAAUUUUUUUUAUUCUUUUCUUUUUUUUUUAAAUUAAAUCAAUCAUGUCUAAAAUUAAUUACUCCCAAAUUUUUCAACCUUUAACUAAUUUAUUUACUCAAGCACAAUUGAAUACAAUUCUUUUGGCAUAUCUACCAUCAAAAUUAGAAUUUUAUUUGACUGGAAUUAUCGCGGUUGAUAUGUUUAUAACUAGUGUUGUGGCAUGCGCAAUUUCCACUUCAAUUCCUGCUUUGUUUCAAUUUAUUUCUGUUACAGGAACUCCAUGGGGAAAUAAAAAAACUAUUACAAUUCAAAUUGAACAUUGUACUCAAGGAAAAUAUGGUUACUCUUAUACAAGUGUAUUUUAUGAAGCUUUAUCUUGGUUAAUUUCUCAACAAACAAAAAAAUUAAAUGAUGGUUCAUUUGUUAUUCAACCUGUAAAUUCGAUCUAUGAUGAUGAUGAUGAUGAAGAUGAUUGCGCUCCUCCAAA